GUGUGUUUUGUAGUGCAAAAAGUUGACUAAAUAACGUUCAUAGCAAUCAUUUAGCAAACAAAGAUGAAAUAUGAGGAAGAUGAAUUGAGUGAAGAACAGAUUGCUGAGUUUCAGGAAGCUUUUUGCUUGCUUGACAAAGAUGGAGAUGGUAAGCAUAUGUUUCUCUUUAUUUUUCUCUCUCCUUUUUGGUUCACAGGUUGCAUCACCAUUGAAGAAUUGGCCACGGCAGUUAAAUCAAUUGAUCAAAUUCCAACAGAAGAAGACUUGCAGAGCAUGAUCAGUGAAGUUGAUGUCAAUGGUAAUGGAACUAUAGAAUUUGGGGAGUUCUUGCAUCUCUUGGCCACAAAGAUGAAGGAAAGUGAAGCAGAAGAGGAACUAAAAGAAGCCUUUAAAGUAUUUGACAAGGAUCAAGAUGGUUACAUAUCGCCCAAUGAGUUGAGAAAUGUAAUGUUUAACUUAGGAGAGAGGCUGACUGAUGAAGAGGUGGAGCAGAUGAUUAGAGAUGCUGAUUUGGAUGGUAAUGGUCUGAUUGAUUACAAGGAAUUUGUUAGAAUGAUGUUGGCUGCAUGACGAGUUCACCU